UAGCCCAGGCUUGUUAAAUUGGUGUGAGCUGGAUGAUCUCUUACGAUUACCGUGAGCUGCGCAGUCUCUAAGCUCUGCUUCUUGUAGGGUGAAAUUGAAUUCCAGCUCUUGGAUGCUUAUUUCACACCUAGGGACUUUUAUUUACAAGGAAUUUCCUGCCGGAAGCAAACUUGCUGACUUAGAUGAUUCCUUCUUCGUGUCCGCAUGGAACUUCCUACGUAAUCAGACGGUGAAAAGUGGAUACUGUACAGUAAUGUGAAAUGAAAGAUUUGGAGCAAAUGAAAUGAACCACCACCAACCACACCAAAGGCCGGUCUUCAUCCAAAGAAGAUUGCCCGGUGAAGAAUGUGAUGGGAUCAGUAGCAUGUCUGCGGAGAGCGGCCCUGGGACGAGAUUGAGAAAUCUGCCAGUAAUGGGGGAUGGACUAGAGACUACCCAGAUGUCUACAACGCAGGCCCAGGCCCAACCCCAGCAAGCCAACACAGCCAGCACCAACCCCCCUCCCCCGGAGACUUCCAACCCCAACAAGCCCAAGAGGCAGACCAACCAACUGCAAUAUCUGCUCAAAGUGGUGCUCAAGACACUAUGGAAACACCAGUUUGCGUGGCCUUUCCAGCAGCCUGUGGAUGCCGUCAAGCUAAACCUCCCUGAUUACUAUAAGAUCAUUAAAACACCUAUGGAUAUGGGAACAAUAAAGAAGCGCUUGGAAAACAACUAUUACUGGAAUGCUCAGGAAUGUAUCCAGGACUUCAACACUAUGUUUACAAAUUGUUACAUCUACAACAAGCCUGGAGAUGACAUAGUCUUAAUGGCAGAAGCUCUGGAGAAGCUUUUCUUGCAAAAAAUCAACGAACUGCCCACUGAAGAAACCGAGAUUGUGAUAGUCCAGGCGAAAGGACGAGGACGCGGGAGGAAAGAAGCAGGGACAGCAAAGCCUGGCGUCUCUGCGGUACCGAACACGACGCAAGCGGCAACUCCUCCGCAAACCCAGACCCCUCAGCAGAAUCCUCCACCUGUGCAGGCCACACCUCACCCCUUCCCUGCCGUCACCCCAGACCUCAUCGUCCAGGCCCCUGUCAUGACCGUGGUACCGGCCCAGCCGCUGCAGACGCCCCCGCCAGUGCCCCCCCAGCCACUGCCCCCCCCUGCACCAGCCCCCCAGCCCGUGCAGAGCCACCCGCCCAUCAUUGCAGCCACCCCGCAGCCUGUGAAGACAAAGAAGGGGGUUAAGAGGAAAGCGGAUACCACCACCCCUACCACCAUCGACCCCAUUCAUGAGCCGCCCUCACUGCCCCCGGAGCCCAAGACCGCCAAGCUGGGCCCCCGGCGGGAGAGCAGCCGGCCUGUUAAACCCCCGAAGAAGGAUGUGCCUGACUCGCAGCAGCACCCGGCGCCAGAUAAGAGCAGCAAGGUCUCAGAGCAGCUCAAGUGCUGUAGUGGCAUCCUUAAGGAGAUGUUCGCCAAGAAGCACGCUGCUUACGCCUGGCCCUUCUACAAGCCCGUGGACGUGGAGGCGCUGGGCCUGCAUGACUACUGUGACAUCAUCAAGCACCCCAUGGACAUGAGCACAAUCAAGUCUAAACUGGAGGCCCGUGAGUACCGUGAUGCUCAGGAGUUUGGUGCCGACGUCCGAUUGAUGUUCUCUAACUGCUACAAGUACAACCCUCCUGACCAUGAGGUGGUGGCCAUGGCCCGCAAGCUCCAGGAUGUGUUCGAGAUGCGCUUUGCCAAGAUGCCGGACGAGCCCGAGGAGCCUGCUGCAGCCGUGUCCUCCCCGGCAGUGCCGCCUCCCACCAAGGUUGUUGCCGCGCCAUCCUCCAGUGACAGCAGCAGUGACAGCUCCUCAGACAGUGACAGCUCCACCGACGACUCAGAGGAGGAGCGGGCCCAGCGGCUGGCCGAGCUGCAGGAGCAGCUCAAAGCCGUGCACGAGCAGCUUGCAGCGCUUUCACAGCCCCAGCAGAACAAACCAAAGAAAAAGGAGAAAGACAAAAAGGAAAAGAAAAAAGAAAAGCACAAAAAGAAAGAGGAAGUGGAGGAGAAUAAGAAAAGCAAAGCCAAGGAACUUCCUCCCAAAAAGACCAAGAAAAAUAACAGCAGUAACAGCAGCACGAGCAAGAAGGAGCCAGCACCCUUGAAGAGCAAGCCCCCUCCCGCAUAUGAGUCGGAGGAAGAGGACAAGUGCAAGCCCAUGUCAUACGAGGAGAAGCGGCAGCUGAGCCUGGACAUCAACAAGCUGCCUGGCGAGAAGCUGGGCCGCGUGGUGCACAUCAUUCAGUCACGGGAGCCCUCCCUCAAGAACUCCAACCCCGACGAGAUCGAGAUCGACUUCGAGACCCUGAAGCCAUCCACCCUGCGUGAGCUGGAGCGCUAUGUCACCUCCUGCUUGCGGAAGAAGAGGAAACCUCAAGCUGAGAAAGUUGAUGUGAUCGCUGGCUCCUCCAAGAUGAAGGGCUUCUCGUCCUCAGAGUCGGAGAGCACCAGCGAGUCCAGCUCCUCUGACAGUGAAGACUCUGAAACAGAGAUGGCUCCGAAGUCCAAAAAGAAGGGGCACCCUGGGAGGGAGCAGAAGAAGCACCACCACCACCACCAUCAGCAGAUGCAGCAGGCCGCGGCCCCUGUGCCCCCGCUGCCCCCGCCCCCGUCCAUGCCGCAGCAGGCGGCCUCUGCGAUGAAGUCCUCGCCUCCGCCCUUCAUCGCCGCCCAGGUGCCUGUGCUGGAGCCCCAGCUUCCAGGCAGCGUCUUCGACCCUAUUGGCCACUUCACCCAGCCCAUCCUGCACCUGCCGCAGCCUGAGCUGCCCCCUCACCUGCCCCAGCCUGCUGAGCACAGCACUCCGCCUCAUCUCAACCAGCACUCGGUGGUGUCUCCUCCAGCUUUGCACAACGCGCUGCCUCAGCAGCCAUCACGACCCAGUAACCGAGCUGCCGCCCUGCCCCCCAAGGCUUCCCGUCCCCCCGCUGUGUCACCCGCCCUGGCCCAGCCACCCCUCCUCCCGCAGCCCCCCAUGGCUCAGCCCCCCCAAGUGCUGCUGCAGGAGGACGAAGAGCCGCCUGCCCCACCCCUCACCUCCAUGCAGAUGCAGCUCUACCUGCAGCAGCUGCAGAAGGUGCAGCCCCCCACGCCACUACUCCCUUCCGUGAAGGUGCAGUCCCANGAUGUUGGCUUGGAUGAAGCCGUUGGAGGGCUUCCCUGGCUGGGAUCAGGGCAUGUGGCCUCCACACCAGACUGGCUGAUAAACUCCUUGUUCCUUCUCUUAGGUCACCUCCGUGAAGCCCCCUCCCCGCUUAUGAUACAUUCCCCCCAGAUGCCACAGUUCCAGAGCCUGACCCACCAGUCGCCACCCCAGCAAAAUGUCCAGCCUAAGAAGCAGGAGCUCCGCGCGGCCUCCGUGGUCCAGCCCCAGCCCCUGGUGGUGGUGAAGGAGGAGAAGAUCCACUCACCCAUCAUCCGCAGUGAGCCCUUCAGCCCCUCACUGCGGCCGGAGCCCCCCAAGCACCCGGAGAGCAUCAAGGCCCCCGUCCACUUGCCCCAGCGGCCUGAGAUGAAGCCUGUGGAUGUCGGGAGGCCUGUCAUUCGGCCCCCUGAGCAGAAUGCACCCCCACCAGGGGCCCCAGACAAGGACAAACAGAAACAGGAGCCGAAGACGCCAGUUGCACCCAAAAAGGACCUAAAGAUCAAGAACAUGGGCUCCUGGGCGAGCCUGGUGCAGAAGCAUCCCACCACCCCGUCCUCCACAGCCAAGUCCUCAAGUGACAGCUUUGAGCAGUUCCGCCGUGCCGCCCGGGAGAAGGAGGAGCGCGAGAAGGCCUUGAAGGCGCAGGCUGAGCACGCAGAGAAGGAGAAGGAGCGGCUGCGGCAGGAGCGCAUGAGGAGCCGGGAGGAUGAGGAUGCUCUGGAGCAGGCCCGGCGAGCCCAUGAGGAGGCACGGCGGCGCCAGGAGCAGCAGCAGCAGCGCCAGGAGCAGCAGCAGCAGCAGCAACAGGCAGCUGCCGUAGCUGCCGCCACCGCCCCCCAGGCCCGGAGCUCCCAGCCCCAGUCCAUGCUGGACCAGCAGAGAGAGCUGGCCCGGAAGCAGGAGCAGGAGCGAAGGCGCCGGGAAGCGAUGGCAGCUACUAUUGACAUGAAUUUCCAGAGUGAUCUGUUGUCGAUAUUUGAAGAAAAUCUUUUCUGAGAGCACCUGGGUGACUUCUGACUUUGAUUUCCUGGCAAAACAUUGACUCUCCAUAGUGUUAGGGGCAGCAGUGGAGGCAGUAGCAGCGGCGAGGGGGUGUUUCCAGGCCUGGCUCUCCUGCAUGCUAUGCCUGGGGCAGGCCUGAUGGGCAGCUGAGGAUCGCAGAGCCUGUCUGCCUUAUAGCCAGCCGGACGUCCUGCCACCCCCACAGGACGUCGGCACAGGGCACACGUCGCCAUGAGCAAGUGCUGGCUAGACCCAAGCCCCGAGUCCCCGCGUGUGGGGCAGAGGCCCUUCUCUCUGCCAAAUGUCUACACAGUAUACACAGGACAUCGUUGCUGCCGCCACCGUGACUGGUUUACUGUCCCCAAGAGCGUGACGUUCGUGACGUCCUGCCCGCCGGGAGUCCUUUCCCACACCCCAGCUGCCGCUGCCCACACCCAGGAGACCAGGGCAGGUUUGCAAGAGCUGGAGGUGGCAAGGGCGCUGGCCCACCCCCUUGCUGGCACUGACUUUGCCUUGAACAGACCCCACCCCUCCCUUCCCCUCCCCCCACAAGCCUUUAAUUGAGAGCCGCUCUCUGUAAGUGUUCGCUUGUGCAAAAGGGAAUAGUGCCGUGGAGGUGUGUGUGUGUCCAUGGCAAUCUGGAGCGAGGUGACUGUCACACGUGUGUGUGUGGGCCGGCCUCGCCUGGCGAGUGAGGCCACCAACCAAAGUCAGUUCCUUCCCACCUGUGUUUCUGGUUUUGUUUUGUUUUGUUUUUUCUAUAUAUAUAUUUUUUGUUGGAUUCUAUUUUAUUUUUAAUUCUCUCUUCUCCUCCAGACACAAUGGCACUGCUUAUCUCUGAAAUGGUGUGAUCGUCUCCUCAUUGAGCGGCGGCUGCCACCGCGCUGUGGGUAGUGUGUGACCGUGGCUGUACUGUGUAGUGAAACAUAGUUGGCAUAUCUUUGUUUGAAGUUUGUUGGUGACUCCACCAAACUGGUGUAAAAAAACUCAAAAAAAAAACAAAACAAAACCCACACACACACAAAAAAACAAAACAUACAAAACACAAAAAAAACUGCCUAUAUUUUACUGUUUCAAACUUUACUAGUCUAUUUUUAAUUAUAAAACCAGAAAACUGCGUUUUCUUAUCCUUUUUUCCUCCCCCCGUUUGUUGGCUUCUUCUUUUUAUUUUUAACAUAAAAUCUGUGUUGUUGUUUUUGUUUUGUUUUGUUUUGUUUUUGAGGGUUUUUUUUUUUGUUUUUUUUUUUUUUAACCAGGAGAGGAAGGGCCAGGGGGUGAGGCGGGCACAAGGGGCCAUAGGCCACAGACUGAGGCAGACUCCCUGUCCGGCACUUGGCCCUACCAACCGGCUGCCCCUUCCUGACUUUUUUUUUUAAUUUUAUAAUUGGAGCCCUUGGUGAGGUUACACGUGCCAUGAGAACCCACUCUACACCAUGACGCUGGCGCCUCAGUGUUGGCCAAACUCUGGAGUCAUUGACUGGUGUGACUUUCAUACGGUGAAUAUGCAUUUGGUCUGUACUGAUCAUGGAAUAAACACAUCUCUCUUUUUUAAUGCUGGCGUCUCCCUGAUAUUUCUUUGUGAACCACCUGUUGUUGCCUAGGCUAGGUCUGCCUGCCCCCCCCCGACACACACACACACACACACACACCACCUCGGUACAAGAACUACCACCUGGGACCACCUGGCCUGUCCCUGGGCAGGAGCUGCCCCCUCUAGGCUGAAGCUGUAACUGGGAGCCCAGGCAUCCCUCCCUGUGGACUUGAAGUUGGUGACAUGCUCCAGCAGAACCUGGCCAAACUCCAGACAGUAUUCUUCCCCUUUGCCCUUCCUCCAUCCUGAUCUCCCACUCACCCAAAGGACUUGAGCCACGUCUCCCACCUUGCCUGCCUCAGCCGAACUCCUCCUUUCAUUUAAGCUCAGGGUUAACCAGAUACUUAAAUAAUGUACAUCCCCCCAGAUAGGCUCCUCACCCCCACUCCACCCCUAAGCCUGCCGGGUGGUGGACACCCUGCAGGGCCUGCCUGUGCACCCAUCUGCACACACAUGCCCCAGCCACAGGGCAAGGGCAGUACUCAAGAGCAGCCCCCAGGAUGUAAGAUGGAACGUUUAUCAGUUACACGUAUGGAAAGACACAAAGUGAAACAUUUCCAGCACUGUUUAUUAACCCACAUUCUCCUUUUUUUCAAGCAGAAAGGCCCUGUAUCUUGGGUUUGGGAUCUGCCAAACAUCCCAACUGAUGGUAUAUUGUAGUUCAGGCAUUCAGCCAGAGACCUGCCCCACUCCUGCUCCACACUCCUCCCCACCCUCUUCCCCUCCCACAGCACUUCCUUAUAAACAAACCACUGUGCUGGUUCAAGUGUGACUUAUAUUUUGGUUCCAUGGGGUUUCUUCUCAUCCUACUCCCUCAUUUUUUGUUCCGUGUUUUGUUCAGAAACUUCCCCAGGCCAAGUCUGUUUAGCUGGAGAAACGGUUAUGUCUGCACCUUCCUUCUAAAGAUUUAACUCUGCCAUGGCCCUCUCCACACCUCCUUGAAGGGUGUUUCUCUGACUGGGUUGUAAUUAGAACUUGGAUCUACUAUUUAAUUUCUCUGGCCAUUUCCCAAUCCCUCCCACAGUACUAGAAAUCUUAGUUCUAUACAAGAGUAAGAGGUGUGUAAGAGCCCAUACUGUACUGUAUGCACGGAUCGCUUGGCCAAUAAUUAUGUCAGUGAAUCUGAGACUUGUAUUAAACACUUUAGACAUUUGUAGAAGGGAAUUCGUAGACUUUUCACUUAUAUACUAAAAGGUUUUUUUUUUUUUUUGUGCAGUUCUCAUUGCAAAAAUAAACAUUUGUACUGAAUAUAAAAUU